UAACUGUAGACUCGUAGUGCAGCAGGUCUGAAUAAGACAAGUCAACAACACACGUGGUGGUGGACAAACUACACACUGCCGCUGCAACCCUCUGAGUCGACGCUCCGCAGCUGCACACCACAACCAAGGCUCGCCCAGCCUUCCCUAGCACCUGAAUCAGAUCAGUAAGUCAAAAGUGGCAAAAUGGGGAAAAAGCAGAAAAAAGGACCCAAGAAAACAAUGGAAGGGAAAACAAAAUCCACUCUUCUCUCUUCUCCAUUUGAAGCUUCCCAUGAGUUUGAAGGCCUUGCUGGUUUUGAGGAGGUGUCAACAUGCACAUUAAUUAAGAGAAGCAGACAUGGAGAGGUCAAGAGAGAAAUGUGGAAAGAUGGAAAAAUAGUGAAAAAGAAAAAUAAAAGAAGAAAACAGCAUGGUAAAGCUUGUGAAGAUACAGAGUCUGUAAAUGGAAAGAGAAAUAACACAAGUAACACUGAAUUUGAACACAAGUCUGCCAUCAGUGAGGCAUCAGUGGUAUGUGAUGAGGAACCAAGUGUGAAGAGUUCAGCAAUAAAGAGAAAGAAGCAGAAUAAAUCUAGGACAAACACUAAACCUAUUAAAAAGGCUCGUUAUGACAGCACAACAUACCACGGGGCCAGGCAGGGUGGCAGAGACAAAGUGGAUGUAUCUGCAUGGAAGGAGGUGUUUGCCCCAUCACCAGUGCUGGAAGCCCUGGCAGAGCUGGGAUUUUCUCAACCUACUGAAAUUCAGAGACUGGUUCUCCCUGCAGCCAUCCAGGAUCGUAUGGACAUCAUUGGAGCAGCUGAAACUGGAAGUGGAAAAACACUUGCAUUUGGAAUUCCAAUUAUUCAUGGCAUUCUAGCUGAUAAGUUGCAUGAGGCUGAAAAUCCACAUGAAGAAGCAGCUGAUAGUGGUGUAGAAGACAGUGAACAUGAAGAUGAUAGUGAAAGCAAAGAAGAUAAUUAUCAGACAAGUGAUUCUGAAGGAAAUGAAGAAACUGUUGAGGAGGACAUCAAUGAGAAUGUGUCCAGUGAAUUAGAUGAUCAUAUUGAUGAGAAUGUCUCAGAUACAGAAGAUAUAAAUGACAUGAGUGAAGAACUAGGCUGUGUUAAAGUUAUAGAUAAUGCAGACUUUAGUUUUAUGGAAGAAGAUAGGAAAGAGCCAGUGAGGGACUCCAAGAAACUCAGAGCACUAAUAGUAACACCGACCAGGGAACUUGCAAUUCAGGUAAAGAGCCACUUGUGUGCUAUUCUGAGCCACACAGACAUCACAGUAGCUGUGGUAAUGGGGGGAGUGGCAGCCCAGAAGCAGGAGCGGCUGUUGCAUCGUGGACCUGACAUUGUGGUGGGCACUCCAGGAAGACUCUGGGAACUGAUCCAGCAAGGCAAUGAACAUCUCAGCCAGACAUCCACAGUAAAGUACUUAGCAAUUGAUGAAACUGAUCGGAUGGUUGAGCAAGGACACUUUCAAGAGUUGACACAACUCUUGGAAUUGAUCAAUAGCAAUGAAACUGCCAAGCAACAUAGACAGACAUUUGUAUUUUCAGCCACACUCACUAUGGUUCAUUCAACUCCUAAAAGACUGCAACUUAAGAAAAAGGUGAUAAAGAUGACUCCCAAUUUGAAGAUUAGUCAACUAGCAAAAUUGAUUGGAGUUAAACCACAUCGCAAGGUUGUAGAUGUGACUCGAAAAGUUGGAACAGCAGGGAGUUUAACAGAAUCCAGGAUCAACUGUACUAAGGACCAGAAGGAUCUUUAUUUGUACUACUUUUUGAAGCGUUAUCCUGGCCGCACUUUAGUUUUCUGUAACAGCAUUGAUUGUGUACGCAGACUUCAGAACCUCUUCACUUUACUCCAGUGUCAUCCUCAGUCUCUACAUGCCUCACUGCAACAAAAGCAACGUCUGAAGAGUUUAGAGCGUUUUUCUAAGAAUCGUGAAGCCUUGCUGUUGGCCACAGAUGUUGCAGCACGAGGCUUGGACAUCCCCAACAUUCAGCAUGUCAUUCACUACCAGGUUCCUCGAACAGCUGAGACCUAUGUUCACCGGAGUGGCCGCACUGCACGAGCCCAACAGGAAGGAUUAAGUGUCCUCCUUAUAGAGACUUCUGAAGCAAAAAAGUAUCGUCAACUGUGUGCCACCUUGAACAGAGCCACAGACCUACCUCCUUUUCCAGUUGAUUCAAGUAUCAUGACUCAGGUGAAACAGCGCCUCGACUUAGCACGCACUGUUGAGACUAUGGAACACAGGAAUCGCAAAGCAAAUGCCAAUAGUGAAUGGUUCAGAAAAGCUGCAGAGGAGGCUGAUAUACUUCUUGAUGAAGACUUCCUAGAUCCUGACGAAGAAAGAGAAAAGUCCAUGAAGACAGCUCAGGAGAAGCGUGAGCUACAGAACAAUCGUAAAGUACUAAUGAAGAUGUUGUCAGCUCCAUUCAUGACUUCUGACUUCUCAGGAAAAUAUCCAACUCAGACAGGAUCACUUGUAACUUACAGUACUGGUAUGAAUUGUGAUUUAAAUACUGAUGAAGAAAGUGGCAACUCAAGUAAGGCAUUAUCUGUGAUGAAGAAGGAAUCUAAAGAGUUUCAAAAACUUUUGAGUACUGUGAAACACAAGCCACCAAGGAAAAAAAUAAACAAGAAAAAAUUUAAAGGCUUUGAAAAGAGAAAAUUAAAACAAAAAAGUGCAGCUAAUGACAUCUAGAUUCAGGCAGUAAUACAACAGAUACAGUUUUAUAUUGACUAGAUUUCAAUUAUUGUACAUAUUUUUACAUAAAUACAAGUCAUUCUUACAAUCACUAUUAAUUAUAAGAAUAACAUGUUAUGAUACAGAUUCCUAAAUUGAUGAAUACUGUAAUAUAUUAAUUACACUUGUAAAAAUGUUCUACUUUAAAUUUCUAAUAAAGUUAGAACAGUUUUACCACAUGUUCAUUAAAACUUUGAGUUGUAUGAGAUAAGCCUCAGUGAAGACCAAUCAUUAAGUGGAAGUCAUCCUCGUGAGCCACACUUUUCAUGCAAACUUUAUGCAAUCACUGUAACUAUUAAACUUUAAAGUAAGAUAA